AAAUUCCUUUUAACUUGUUUGUCAAAAUAAUGACAAUUUUUUGAUCUUAAAAAUGUACAAAAUUACUUAAAUAUAUGAAAUUGCAGCUGUUCGCAAAACCAGGUCAGAACGUACAGUAAAAGCGCAUUGCUGGCAAGAGAGAUCCCCGAAAAGAUGUUUUGCUCUGAAAGCUGUGAACAUGGCCUAAAUGCAACAUCGACGGGCAAGUUUUUGGGCCCCAUUCAGGCCAGUCAGACAGGAGCAGAACAAGCAACGCAGGCACAGACGAAGACCCAGGUCCAGGAACAGCCACAGCAGUUCCAUAUGUGUUGCCCUUCAUUGCCAGACCGACCUGGAGCAGUCGAAAUGGAACCACCACGAGUCGGCAUGUGCUUUGUGACCGAAGGACCUGAGGGACUCAGUAUUGACUGCAAUGUUCCAUUGCCGAAUUCUUUCAAUUUGGAAGAGUUUAAGAAGCAUAUGAGCUGCUGCUGCUGCUGCUGCUGCUGUCCACCUGUGCAGCAGGGCAAUCAUUACUUUGAUGGUUUCUGUAAUGUGCCACCUGCUCCACCGCCGUCACAUCCUCUUUCGCAACAACAAACACAACCAUCACAGCCAUUGCCAGGCAGUUCGAGCCAAAUGCCCAGCUGUGGCUGCCAGUGUUGUCAAUGUGCUUGCCCUUGUUUGCCAUGUUAUGAGCAGCCAAUAGCAUCACCUGGAGGAUCACACGCGCCAAGGUCUCCGGGCAAGUCGUCUAAGCAAGAAGCACGCUGUGUGGCACAGCAGCCCCAAGUUCCGUCAAUGAUGCCGCCAUUCUUCUGUCUGGCCACUCCAGCUAACACACAGACGCCACAAAUGGAGUGCCCCUGCCUGGUGGGUCCUAUGCAUAUGGAAAAUGGAGCGACAUUUCUAUGUAGCAUGAUUCCAGCAACGCAGCAGCAGCUGCAGCAACCGAUGCCGCCGCCCCAUUCCUGUCAUUUUCCAACUAUCGGUGUGAUGCCAUUGCAAUCACCACCUCAUCUACAUCUUCAACAACAACAACAACAACAGCAGCAACACCAACAACAACAACAACAACAGGAAUCGCAGCAGCCUUUGUCGUCGCAGCUGCUGCGCUUUGACUUUCCCUUUCCCUGCCCACUGACUGACUUUAGACAGGACAAGGAUAAGUCUUGCUGCGAGCCUAUGCCUUCAUCGUCAUCACCUCUUGCCUUCCAAGUCUAUGCACCAAUGGGACCCCCUCCGACAGCUUUCACCCAAGCUUUAGCAACAGAGCAGCCUCGUCCGCCUCCAUCUGAUCCAGCAAAUGCACCAUUAGAAACGGAAGACGCGGAAUCGGCAUCUGGAGUUCCAGCUGCCAGCACAACCCCGCCACCCACAGCCACCAUGGGCAAACGUUCUUGCCUGCGCAACAAGCCAGAUCCAUGGAUAGCCAAUGGACCGCCUCAGAUUCAGAAUUCAUUUGCAUCUCCCGGCAAUAAUGUGUGCAUGAAGUGUGGCAACUGUUGGCAUUGUCCACGCUGUUCCAAUUGCCAUUGGCAUCCGAGUGUCGACAAGCGACGUUAGACCACAGGAAAGUUGAUUUAUACUUUAAAAUGCGAAUAAAUAAAAUAAUCCUGCGAACAAAUGAAAA